AAACUAUAAUGCAAUAAGAGUGUUAAACUGAUCAGUGUAGUCCGUCAGUAGUAUUUCUGCUGCAAGCAUUCCCUGGAAUUCAAACAUCUCCAAUUCAUACGUUUCGGAACUAAUCGACCAUUUUUGCACGCUCUUCGGCCCAGCUCGGUGAUACCGGUAACGCACUAUGAUUGUUCGACCGUUCGAUAAUCGCCUGCUCGCUCGAAAUAAACGCGAACGUGCGGGAAUAGAUUUGCAGCGGGUCUGCACGAUUUCAUGGAUUUGAACGAGAACGUCGUAGUCGGAGUCGAGCAACGCGAUCGAUCGGAAAAAUCGCAACCAGAUACGGCGGACGAGAAAAAUUCGAGCACGGGAAACGAGAGGGAAGAGAAUCGGGAGCUCCCCUCGAGAGGGUCGAACGACUCAGUGAGAAACGGCGAUUCCGCGAAUCCCAAUGAGAACGGGAAACGUCCGUGUCGGAAGGCCAGCCUACGAAGAGAAAAUUGGGAAACGAAAAUGUGUGAGCAGGCGAAAGACCUGGUUUGUCAGGUGAACUAUCCCGAUGGGAACGUGGCCAAUUGCACCGGGGAAAAUAUUUGGCAACAUAAUUACGGGGACGAAUGCCCAGCGAGCAGAUACGACGCGAAGCGUACUAAUGAUCCCAACAGAAACUGCAAAAGCGGAAUCAACAUCAGCGUCGUUUCUCGGCAGGAGAUACCCUGCGAGAACCUCGAGGUGGAAAAACCGAUGUACAGCGUUUCGUUCAAACGCUGCUUUGACUCAUGCGGUGAAGCCAACUACCGCUGCACCUUCGAGAACUGUUGCGGUAACUGUGAGCCAUACAUCAUGGAGAUACAGGACGACGACUGCGGCGCAUAUCAGAGCUGGCAGAACACCGAUUUUGAUUCGAGGAACUCCUGUUUCGAGGAGUGUUGCUGCACGCGCGACAUGAAAGUGUAUUCAUCGAACAUGAGCGUGCGUCGCCGACGAUCUUGCUCUACCUAUUCCGAAGCUGGUAACUGUUGCUCGAGCGAACCGAAAUGCGAUUUCCUCGCCACUGAUACGUCCAGCAAACAGUGUCUGCAACGCGUGCACUUCGCGAAACUGGAGAACUGCGCGAAAGCAAAUCAUUCCGCAUGCUCGUUCUGUUCGAGAAAGUGCACGCCAUCGAAGGCCAGCUUGUUCGUAGAAAUCGGCGAGAGUGUCGCUGACGUCUGCAAGCUCGCAUCCGGUCAAACAAUCCGAUGCGAGGAUUCGACGGAAUCGUUGAAAGACGACCGGCGAAAGGAUCGCGUGAAAAGGAACAAAUCGGACUCGCUGAGGAGCAAACUGAAGAGAAGCGGCCCGAAAUGUAAUCUGGAUUGCAAAGGUCGACCGGGUGCAGUGGCCCGUAGCUGUUCCGAUAGAAUUGCGACCAUUGACACGCACGAUUGUACGGAACAAAUGCACCGAGAACCUUUUUGCGCCGAAAUGGCGAGGACCACGCGGUCCACUGUAUGCUUUCAGGAUAUGCGAGAUUGCAGAGCACAAACAGACAGCUCUAUGUACCUGAACAAAAAGAUGACGGGUUGCAGCCAGCAAUGCGAGGCGAUCGAUUAUUCGCUAUUGGAUGACAUUCGAAGGGGGAAGAUCUGGUCACAGCUGCAGGACACGUACAAAAGUUUCAUGAAAGUGGCGACGACGAGUAUCGGUCAGAUCGUGAAACAAUCUUCGAAACUGAAACGAUCGAAGACAUGCGCCAGCAAGGAACGCGAACGUUUCACGUGCGGCACGUGCACGAACGACUGCGCGAAUAACGUCACGUGUGCUGAUCAGUGCAAUCAAUCGGAACCGUACAAUGACUGCUUGUACGGAGGACAAUGCUGGAAAGAGAUGAUCACGCACAAAGCGAACAAGUGCGACGUACAUUGCUGCAGAAAUGUCUGCUAUGAAAAUAUCGCUGGACUACCAAACUGUCAAAUGCCCCUUUGUCAAAAUGAUUGUUGGAAGCCCAUUGUCCAUGCAGAGGUAAUAUCGAAAAAGGAUUGCCGCUCUCGCCCUCGCUCGAAAAAUUUGCGACACCUUCCGCACAAUAGCUUUCGUAAACGGGGCGGAGGUGAGACUAAUCAGAAGAAGAAAGUGACCGGCAAACGCGCCAGUAAAAAUCAAAAUCUAUCCCCGAUGGCAAACCCAGCCCCAAUGGCACAGUCGAACCCAGCGACACAGUCGAACCCAGCUAAUAGUCAGCAAGCAAUAGCGGAACCACAAAUGCAACCGUUCGAAAUCCACGACGAUCAAAUCGAAAGGGCCACCGUACACAUAGAUGUCAGUGUUCAGGCGAACGCGAUUCGAGCCCGAGUCGAACCGUCGGCUCCUUACGUCCAGGAGAGUAUGACCUAUGAGAAACGAGUGAAAGCUAUACAACGUUUAGGAAUGUAUCCUGAUGCGAUGCCGCUGGCAAUGCAAGAACAAGAGAGUCCAGUGAUACAAGAAAUAGGCACCACGUUGCAUCCUCUUCCACGGAAAGAGGAAUCGAAAGUGAUAAAGAGAUUAGCUCUUCAGAGAGCGCCAAGAAAACAGUCUUCUACAACUGCAAGAUCCACGGUUGCGGAAGCCCCUUCAAGAAUACGGCACGAUGUAAGCAGACCAGCUAAAAAACAAGUAACGAAGCCGGACAGAGUCCUAACAGCUGCUCAACGGCCAGCAGUAGGCAGAGGGGUACAAUGUAUGCUCAUCAGAGAAAGUCCGCCAGUAAGCGGAAUAGAUCCCAGACAGAUACCUAGCCGAACGGAUCCGUGCACUUGCAGGCCGAGGCCAGGACCAUCCGCGGCUCGACUUGGGCAACCAUUAACGUCAGUUCCUACACGACCGGCUAGACAAACGGACAGACUACCUUCACGGGUAGAGAAAAUAGACCGUGUUCAGCCCGCACGUCCUGUCGCAGAUGUGUGCGUUAGAGACCCUGCGGACAUACUAAGACCAUCGAGGACCAGAGUACCCGAUGUUCAAAGAGUUCCAUCGGUGCCUCCUCCUGCCAGGCAACCUUCUGCAACUCCUGCCAGGCAACCUUCUGCAACUCCUGCCAGGCCACCUUCUGUAACUCCUGCGAGGCCACCUUCUGUAACUCCUGCCAGGCCACCUUCUGCCAUACUAGCUGGUAUUCCACCUCCUGCACCACCACCCGCGCAAACUGACAGCUUUGUCAGUUUGCCUACGUACGAAGGAGAUGAUAUCCCGGACGAUAUUGCGGACGAAGCUAGGGAAGAUGUUCCGGAUGAAGCUAGGGACGAUGGUGCAGACGAAGUUAGGGGUGAUGGAGACGAUAGAGACGCUGAUGUGGACGAUCUCAGUGAUAUCGACGCCCUCAGACCCGAUGAUCCAUCCGCAGCAGUCACAAUGGAUGACCAGGCGGACGAUGCUGGACCUCAGGAUCCUGAAGGAGACACGUCAGAUAGUCCCAUCGUAUCUUCCCCUUCCCAGGAAGAUAUUAGUCCCUCUACGUCGCGACCGGCCGCAACUUCUUCACCGGUUCCUGCUGCCCCGCCAAUCGCUACUGCUCCUGAAGCUGCCCCAACAGAUGCCCCUAUCGCAGACACUACAGCGUUGCAACCGAUGCCGGAUAUGCCGCAGGAUCUAGACCGUUCACUUCCAGGUGGACCGUUCGAGUUCAGCAAAGAAAUCAAUGGAAGGCGGAUGCACGUCAGCGUGCAGAUGCAGACGUCAAACACGAUUCUGACCCAGAUUUUAUCCGAGUUUCAAAUCGGGAAUAGAAAGCGUCAAGUGUUGAUGAGCAUCAAAUUGCAAGCGAAUCUCGAUGAUCAACAACAACCGCACCUACAAACGCCGCCGCCGCCGCCG